UUUCAGGAUGAACUCUCCAAAGACCAAAUCGAAUUGCUGCGUAACGCGUUCAAUGCAUUCGAUGCCGAGAAGAAUGGCUACAUCAACACCACCAUGGUGGGCACCAUUCUCAGUAUGUUGGGCCAUCAGUUAGACGAUGCCAUGCUUGCCGAAAUUAUCGCUGAAGUCGAUGAAGAUGGUUCGGGACAAAUUGAGUUCGAAGAAUUCACCACAUUGGCGGCGCGUUUCCUUGUUGAAGAGGAUGCUGAAGCGAUGCAAGCCGAACUGAAGGAGGCAUUCCGUUUGUACGAUAAGGAGGGCAACGGUUACAUCACCACCGGUGUGCUGCGUGAAAUUCUGCGUGAAUUGGAUGAUAAGUUGACAAAUGACGAUUUGGACAUGAUGAUUGAGGAAAUCGAUUCUGAUGGCUCCGGAACGGUUGAUUUUGAUGAAUUCAUGGAGGUCAUGACUGGCGAGUAAAGAGUGUAUUGGCAACUAGGCGCAACGUAAUGCAAUUGCUUCAGUUUUUUUUUUUGUAAUUACUUAUAUACCUAUGUUUACUGCCUAUAGCAAUUAAAGAUUGAAGGAACACUCACACACUAACUCGUCAGGCAAUUCAUCAGCGUAACGCAAAUCAUGUCUUGUCAACUUUUGGUUUUUGUUUUUUUGAUAUUAUUAUUUUACUUGCGAAUUGGCGUCUUUUUUUGGAAAUGAUUGCACUGCAAGUAAUUUCUUAUACUUAUACUUAUAUUUAUAUUUAUUGUUGUAGUUUUAUUGUUUCAUGUCAUAGAGACUAAAAAUUAAAUCAACAAAAGAAAAGCAAACGUUAAAUGUUAAAGUGCUUUAUGUUAUACUUAAAAAUAUUGUUAAUUUUUCAUGCACUUACAUACAUAUAUACUUAUAUACGUUUAUUUAUUAGAAACAUGCUCUACAUUUUAAAGUUUUGUGUCCAAUUUUUAUUAUACAAUAACCAAACCAAACUGCUUAAAAUACUCGAUCACUGGCUUGUGACCGUCUGAAUACACUGUAGUCACAAAUGUCAAACAUUAAUAAAAUACAUUACAUUUUUACAUAUAAAACACUAAAAUUAUUAUUGUUUUUUUGUUUUUUUAUUUUUAAACUUAUUGUUGGAAAUACAUAUAUACAUAUAUAUGUAAUUAAUUAAAACCGACCAUCGAGGAUGAGCACAAACAAUCCUUUGCAGAUCGUAGCCAAUUCAGUGAAUAACUGCGACGCAAAUAAAUUAUGCUUACUGAUUUAUAGCGAAUCAAAAAAAAACAUAAAUAUAUGACACUUACCAACAAGCUACUUAUUCUAUAAACAAUAUAUACAUAUAUACAUAUAUAUAUUUUUAUGAGUUUAUGAAAAUUAAUUAAACUUUUAUACGCAAUGCUCGUAAUUGAACCAAACAAGAGAAAAUCAAUAUGCACAACUAUAAAAUUAAGACGUAAAACUUAUGCAUACACUCCUACAUUUAAGCGAAAACAAAACAAAAACAAAAAAAAAAAAACAAUUAAUAAUUAUUAUUAAAAAAAUUGCGUUAUGAAAAAGUUUUUCCGUUCAAUUGUUAAUGUUGUUAUAUGAAAAUAUCGAAUGUUCAAUUGUUUAUCAUUAUUUAUUAUUAUACAUAUGAAAUAUGCAUGUAUAUGCGAAUACACAUAAAGGGAAUACAUACAUAUAUGUAAAUCAAGUAUGUAAUUACACACAAGUUAAUACAUACAUAUAUGUGCAUCGCAAGGAUAUGCCGUUAUUGAUACAAAGGUUUCCUACUCUUUAGCAAUUAAGUUACAAAACACUUCAUGUCACCACAAUACUGAACUCCAACAUACAAAAAUUUACAAAAAAAAUAAAUAAAUAAAUAAAAAACAUUAAAUGCAAAACAACAAUUUCAAUUUCAAAUACCUCGAACAUCAACAAUACAAAAAAAAUUACAAAUGCUUAACAACUUGUAAUCAAUUAAAGCAAAUGCUUUGAAACAAAUCAAUAAAACCGAUGAACCAUGAAUGUCAACAGCUACAAAAAAAAAUCAAAAAUUGCAACAAAAACAACAAAACAAAAUAAAAAUCAGUACAAAUCAAAAACAAAGCAAAGCAAAUCAAAAAACACCAAACUAAAACAAAGGUAAAAGUCUACAAAUUAAAUAGAAAUUAUACAAAAUGUAUUAAAUAUAUAUGAAUGAGUAAUGAAAAGAACAAGUAAAUAAAAGAGAUUCUAAAAAAGAGCUGGAAGAAAAGAAAA